AUGGAAACGAGGCCCAGCAGCAGUCUUAGCAGCCCAGAGGAGUCCUGUGAAGCUCUUCCCCAAGGGUUGCUAGUGUUCACCGGUUCUUCGGAUCGCGAUGCCAACUUGGCCAAGCAGUUCUGGAUCGGGGCGUCAAUGUACCCCCCCAACGAAUCUCAGCUGGUGCUGUCCAGAGGUAGCAGCCAGCGUCUGCCGGUGGCGCGUCCUUCCAGGAGCAAUGCACCGGAGAAAACUUACUUCCAGCCUUUUUCCCUUGAGGAAAGCAAGAGUAGAGAUGUCACUGCUGAAACCCUAAAGAUUCAAGAAUCCGAGGAGAAAAAAAAGUAUCUCCAAAAGACGUAG